AUGACCCUAAGAUCCCACGCCGCGGCGGAAUGCCAUCCGGUAGUCCUGAAAAUAGCAGAACUGGCGCGGGAGCGAUUCGCCUCCCGUGCCGGUAAAUACGACGCCGAGUCAUCCUUUCCUUUUGAAAACUAUCAAGACCUGCAUCAAGCAGGACUCUUGGGAUUGACCGUCCCGGAGGAAUACGGCGGGGCGGGAAUCGAUCCCGUCACUUACGUUCUGGCGCUUCAGGCCAUGGCCAAGGGAUGCCCGGCAACCGCCCUCACUUUCAAUAUGCACGCCAACGUAAUCCUCAACAUUGCCCAGUUGGCUUCCCAUGAGCAAAAGUGCCGCUACUUCAAGGAGGUACUGGAAGAAGGCAAUCUCUUUGCCACGGUUAUGAGUGAGCCGGACUCAAGCUUUAGAGACCGAUUUGUUCUCAGAACCGUUUUCAGCCCCACACCGGAAGGAAAUUACCGUGUACAAGGAGUAAAGCACUUUUGCUCGCUGGGGGAUGCCGCGAACCGUUACUUCGUAACCGGCCUGAGAGAAGGAACCGAUACAGCACAAGAGGGAAUAAUGGCGGCCAUGGUGUCCCGGAGCGAAAACGGAAUCACUCUGGAAAGAACCUGGAACGCCACUGGGAUGCGAGGCACCACCAGCCACAGCAUCCGUUACGACACCGAAAUUUUGGCCCAAGAUGUCAUGGGAAACCCAGGGCAGUUGCUAACGAUAGAACUUUCGGGUUUCGCGCUGGGGUACGCCGCCACUUAUCUCGGUGUGGCCGAAGCUGCCUACGAGUUCAUCCUGAAGUAUUCCCAGACUAGGGUCAUAGCGCCUUCGACUGAGCCGCUUGCUUACAAUCCGCUGGUGCAACGCAACCUGGGAGAGAUGAGCGCACAGAUUCGGGCAGCCAAAUUGAUGCUUUGCGAAGCCGCCGCGGUUCGAAGGUCUGGCGUUAGAGAAGAAAUGUCCCUGGCCACCAAUCAGGCCAAGUAUCUCUGCGCUGAGGCGGGGGUCAGAGUCACGGAACAGGCAAUGCGCAUGGCCGGCGGGAGCGGGUUUCUCAAGGAUAUGCCCUUGGAGCGAUGGCACCGGGAUGCCUUGGCCGGUCCGGUAAUGCCACCUUCCAACGACCGGUGCCUGGAGGUUAUAGGUCGGAUCGUCUGUGGACUACGGGCCACUACUCUGGAGUUUCAAUAG